GUUCACUUCGCCCGCCCACUCCCUCCCACCCGUGCCAGUCGCUACCACGGGCUCAACACCAUGGCGGACCAGCCGCACGCGGACAAGCUGUUUGUGACCUCGGUCGUGCUCAAGGCCAUCGCCGCCGCGCUGCAGCGCUGCGUCACGUCGCCCUUCAAAGGCGACAAUGGAUCCAACACGUACUUCAAAGACGUCGUGUUUGCUGCCAUGCGCGCGGCCAUGGCGGCCAACGACCUUUUCCAUGACCGCCACUUGCAGGGCGGCUCGUCGACCGAGAACUACCUCAAGUACGCCUCGGACCACAAGUUUGUGCCCGACACCAUCACCCUCGCCAGCGGCACCCAGGCGCAUUGGCUCGGCAGCAGCACCGCAAAAAAGGUCCUGGUCUACUUCCCUGGCGGCGGCUAUGUGGUGCCCUGCACAGCGGGCCUUUUGCUGUGGCUCGACGAAUUGCAGAAAUCGCUCGGCCCUGACGUCUCGGUGCUCGUCCUUGCAUACGACCUCGCACCGCAGGCCAAAUACCCAACGCAGUUGAGGCAGGCCACGGAGCUUCUUGAACAUCUCGUAUACACCCAAGGUCGUGAUCCAUCCGAUCUUAUAUUGGGUGGUGACUCUGCCGGCGGCAACCUGACCCUCGGUCUGCUUUCGCACCUGGCCCAUCCCCAUCCCGACGUGACCCCACUCUCACUGCCUUCCAGGAUUCAUGCUGUUCUGCUGAUAUCCCCAUGGUGCGCACCUAACCACAAUAGCACCCCCUCGUUCGUCGCAAACGCCCAACGUGACAUGUUUGGUGCCCGAGCCCUCAGUCGAUGGGCCGAGGCUUUCCUUGGUUCCGACUCGCCCUUUGCUGGCGAUGUCUACAAUGAGCCUGCCUUGGCCACUCCCGAUUGGUGGGCCCCCGUUGCUGACUUUGUCGACCAAGUCUUAAUAUGGGCGGGUGGCAACGAAGUGCUGCUGGAUGGUAUCGAAGCCUUUGCAGAGAAAUUUACAAAGGGAUUCGGUGGCCGCGGCGGUCUCGUAAACACCAUCAUUACCCCGAAAGCAGCUCAUGAGGAAAUGGUGAUUGAGAGAUCGCUAGGUUACAAGGGUGACUCUGGCACCGGUAGUCAGCAAGUCAUCGAAACAUGGAUCAAGGCAAAGCUGUAAAUCAAACCUGAAUUGCAUAUUCUCUGGUACUCCCGUCUCUUCAGCCCAUUCCAGCCCUAAAUCUGCACGUCUCAUCUCUGGUACUCUUCG